AUGCCUCCUCAAACAUUAGUGGCAACAACGGGGCCGACGGCAGUUACUCCUCUCGCCAAGUUGGUGGUCACCUCUUUCCCUCGCAUCCCGCUGACGACUCAGUUCGACCUGCCGGAUGACUGCUACGGCGUCCAGUCGGACGAUGUCUAUCUCAUCGAUCAACAUACGAGCUGCCUUCCGAGUGGUUGGUCUCCAGCCGAAACCGCUUUUUUCUCACCUGGUCUGAUAUGCCCGGAGGGCUACACCAGCGCAUGCCAUGACAACGGCGGAGUUUCAACGAUCACGACGGUAACCUGUUGCCCACAGCGCGGAGAUGUCGCACUUCAGUGCGUCGUUGAACCCACGGAGCUCGCCUCAUCAUUGAGCAACUAUUAUUGCAGAUGGGAGGCACCGGCGGCAGGUUUCACUACCGAUGUUACAAAAUCGCCAAACGGCAAGACAAUUACAGAACACGUGACGCUUAAAAGCCCCGAUGCUUUAAACGGCUACGGUGUUCGCAUGGUUUACCAGUCAACCGAUAAGUUGACGACCGGCAUGACCGGCACCCCAACGGCUAACGAGACAUCGGAAGCGACCUUUGCAAAGAGCACUGCUUCUUCUUCUGCUUCUUCGUCUGCUACUUCAGUGUCCGGUUCCUCAAACACGGCCAUUUCAACGACGGCCGUUGUGGUAAUCGCCUUAUCCCACAGUCAUCCGUAUCGACUUCUGACCGCAUUCCACAUGCGAGCAUGCAAAGUUCAACGUGGCAUCCGAUGCCGCCUUCACCGCUAUCACAGGGCCCCUUUCCUUAUCCUGUUAGCAAGUUGA